AUGCAGAUUUUCGUGAAGACGCUGACAGGCAAGACAAUCACCCUGGAUGUGGAGGCCAGUGACACCAUCGAUAAUGUCAAGGCGAAGAUCCAGGACAAGGAGGGCAUCCCUCCGGAUCAGCAGCGCCUGAUCUUCGCAGGGAAGCAUGUAGUGCUCUUGUUUGAAGAGGAGUUCCUGUCUAGAUGGGGACUGCUCUCGCAAUGGACGUUCAGGUUUGGCUGUCUGUUGCUGAUGCGAUCAUUCAGGGCUUGGGACCAUCCCCAUUUAUCCAGCUUUCUGCGGAACCCUUCGCCUCCGUGCUUGUAUACCGGCGCAGCAGGACGGAGUUGA